AUGACCAGCGAAUUCCUACGCUCGUCCCCAGCAAGGAGCGAAGAAGAAUACAAGUUUGUUAAAUUCACGUCCACGGCGCAGACUCCCGCUUCCAGUAAGCUUUCCGCAAUUGCUUUCGCUAAAUCAAUCACGUCGUCGGCCACGAAACUGCACAAGCUGGCUCCACCGUUACCUCCACCACCUACAUUCCCCCCGUCGGCUUCGAAACUUCUGAAUAACCCUGCGAAUUUCACAGGAUGGACCCCCUUGAUCUCAAAGACCUAUUCCAAUGACCAGAUCCUUUCGCUCAACUCCACGCCCAAUAGAAUGUUUGCCCCGGCAUCUGCAGCCAACCUACAGCAACACCAGCAACCAGCACCACCGACUCAGGAUCGAACAGGAACCAGCAAUCAGCCUUUGUUUACCGCGCCGCAAGACUACGAUUUGCAAGGGUUCGGCUUGACCCCGUUUAUAAACCACAACUUUAACAUUAUGGGAAGCACAUACACCACCCAGUUUUACGGUAUAACGCCGUAUCAAGAGCGAAUAUUUCAACAAAAUUGCGAUUUCUUCAUCGACUCGCCAAUCAGAACCAACAACAACAACAACAAAAACAAUCCGGAAAAUUUCGCCAUCACCCCUUCCAAGUUCAAUUUGAAUACGAUUGCAAGCAGCAAGAAGCUACUUCAGGAUCCUCUAAAGAGCGCAACCAAGCGCAGCAUAACGUUGAUUGACACGCCUCCGCGACAACCGCAUAAACUCAGUCUCAUAACCACCAAGGCGAGAUCCGACACAGACGAGGAGGACGAGGAGGAGGAAGAAGAAGAAGAGGUGGAGAGGAAAGAAAUACAAGAGGAAGAACAACGAGAAAAACAAGGAGAACAAGACGAGGUGAGGAAAGAGGAUGAGGAAAAAAGGAGGGCACGCAACAGUCCAUUCGUGGAAGCAAGUUUCGAGGAAAGAAAAGCAGAAGAGGAAACUGAUGAAGAGGCCAAUGACGAUGUCGAUGAUGAAGACAAAGACGAUAUCGAUGAAGAGGAUGAGCCCGUCGUGCUGUUUAAAACGGAGAUUCCGUCGCAUAUCCAGCAAACGACACCUUGCAAGAAGAAGCCACUCAAGGAUGUUUCUAACAGGCUCAGACAGGAAUUCAACACCCCGGGAAAGAAAAUGAUCCCUUUGAGCUCGCCGUCGACAAUCAUAUUGACUUCUUCCAAAGACGAUGCCGAGGCAAGGACCAAAAACAAGAUAAAAGAAUCAGCAGAUGACAAGGAGAACAACAUGCCUCCGAGCCCCACGCCAGCAAAGAUCCCAACACGUCCAAUCAUGGGGAUAUUUUCAGAGAAAAAGACGACAGCGAAGCCCAAAGCAAAACCGCGCCCCAAGCUGGCCUCGAGCAUGAGCUCAAGCAAGAGCACGAGCUCGAGCACGAACAAGCCGCGGGGUACUGCAUCACAAGCUGAAAAUAAAACCAAAAUGCAAGCUGGAAUGACAAAGUUUCAGAUUGUCAUUAGUGACAUGAAUACUUUCGCGGGGAAGAAAAAGACAAGGAAGCAACAACACAAGGGUGAUCUGUCGAAAUCUGCCCCCGCCAUCAAACCACCAACAAUUCAACCACCGAUGCAGUCACAGUCACAGCCUCAGCCGCAGCCACCGAUGUCGUCACUCAUGGACCACAACAUGACAAUAAACACAACACGAGAGCAGAGCACCAUGCUAUCUCUCGGAAACAACAGCAUAAACACAUCAUCACAGGUCAACAUCACCACCGACCAAACGUCGUUUGAAAUGAGUGGAAUGGGUGGCAUGUCCUCGACGCCAAACUCAAAAGUGUUUCUCGAUAGGAUAUUUGAAAAGACAUCUCCGCAACAAAUGGCUUAUUUUCCUCAGCAUAUGCAACAGCACCACCCAGUGGCGGCCUAUAAUCCACAUUCAGUGAUGCCUCAACCACAUCCACAACAACCACAACCGCAAUCACAACAAGAACCGAUGCAACCACCGCCUCCGCCCAUGGCGUCGACAAAUAUGCCUCCUCCUCCACAACCACCACUAGGCGUCGUCAAGCAAUUCCAGCCGCUUCAGCAGCAAGCAAACUUCCCCAUCAUGGGAAUGAUGUCAACUCCCGAACAUUCACAUAUUUAUAACGCCAACACUGGCAACGAAAUGUUUUCCACGCAAGUUCCCUCUCCAUGGAACUAUGGCUUUGGCACACCCCAGGGUUACCUCGGAUUCAACAAUAACAACAAUAGCAACAACCAAACUAAUAACAAUAGUAAUUUUCAAUUCACGACAAACGUAUCUGGUAUUCCUCCUUCAAACGGCAAAGCUGCAACAAACGUAGACAUUGUCAAGGACAUUAAAUAG